AUGUGGACUCCUCCAGUUAGUGAUAAUCCCACACCUUUCAACAUUGAGCGAGAGCUGCUUCCUACUGUAAUUUCGGAACCAUCAUCCAAAACAUCUAGUAUAUCUUCAACUACUAACACUUUGGACCGUGAUUCGUUAAAGGAGAACUACCCACAAUAUACUCCACAAAACGUCAGAUACCAGCACUACCCAGUUCCGAAGGUUAGAUGCUUAUCGUUCCCAUACCAAACACUUCCCUCCUGUGGGUCGGUAGUGUAUUUGUAUACGUGGUCUCUCCCAAGGAAUGACAUAAUAACUCAGUUAUGUUCACUUGCUACAACCUGUUUUAAAGACACAAACACGACUGUCGGACUUUUGUUUUCUAAACAAAUAUCCAAAAAAGACUACGUUUGUCGAAUUCCUCUCUACCUAACUCGCGGUAUGGCUCGUUCACGUGUUCGAUUAACGGGAAAACUUACACUAAAUAAGAAAGAAUUAGAGUGUGUCGAAUCAGCUCAUCAUGUUAUAGCCGAAUUAAUUACAAAUAUUGCUCAUAUGUCUCAUGUUGGUUAUAAACCAUCAGAUCCUCUUCUCCGUGCCCAUUUUGAUAAACAAAACUCCUCAACGAAUAUCCCCGAAUCUCUCCGCGUCGUACUUUUUGAUCGAUUCGGUGACUUAUCAUUCAAUCCCGAGAAAGCAAAUAUCCUGUCAUUGGUGACGCUGAUUAGACUACCAGAUUAUACUAUCGAUUAUGAAGCACUCAACGCACUUCUAGAAUGGUCUCUUUGCCGAGAUAAUAGAAUUUCAACAGCUGAUGAUAAUUUGUCCACUCAUGUUAAACCUGUACAUGGUAUUGUGCCUAAAUGGCGAAUUCGCUUGAGUCAAAUUCCUCAAGACAAUUGGGUUGGUUUGGUCGUCAAACCUAAUCACUUACCGGAUAGUGAUCCUGGUAUGUUUUCUAUCUCAAAGGUUAGUUCGGAAACUGCUUCAAGUCCUCUUCCGGAAACCCUUGCUUCCAAACUUGGUGAUGCUCAGAAUGUUAAAGGCGCUUCUUCUCUAACUUAUUCCGACUACUAUAGAAUUAAACAUCAACAUAUGAGAACCAUAUCUUUCACAAUAAAUCCCUCACUACCAUUGUUUGAAUGUCUGAGAAUAACACGUCAUCAAAAUUCGACUCAAGUUAAUGCUGGUCUAAGGAAAAAUAAAGCAUCUAUCAAACCAUCAGUGUUCUUAUCUGAUGCUUGUUUAGUGCAUCCAUUGUCAUCAUGGAUUUGGUUCCAAGUUUCCUUGAUACCAACAAUUCUCUACCAAAUGUCACGAGCGUUACUAGCUUCACAACUAUUUACAGAGUUGAAUUAUGAACUGAAAAGUCCUCAACCAUUCUCUCAAAUUAGAAUAAAUUCAUUAACUAUAAGCAAUGAUUCACUUUCUCAUACAACCAUACUUGUCCCUGAUCGUUUAAGUGUUCCUGUUUUUUUGAAUGGUGAACCAAUGGAACGAAAUAACUUUGAUUUUGAAGUGGAUAGAACAACUUCAGAAAUAGAUAAAGAAUUGGAUAAUAAAGCCCAUAGUGAAAGUUUAGAGAAAUCUACAAUUUGCCCUCACCCUAAUAAUCUAAUUGAACCAACUACAUUACUCGGAGCUCGAGAUGCAGUAGAUCUUGAACGUUUAGAAUUUUAUGGUGAUUCAUUCCUGCAUUUUAUAGCUACAUUAUGUGUUUAUGGCACCAAUCCACAAGAUGCUGACGAAGGGUGUUUAAGUUCUAAAAGAGGUUCACUUGUAUCGAAUGCUCAUCUCUGCGAUAUUGCUUGUGACUUGAAAUGGUAUGAAUAUUGUACCGGUCAAACAUUUUCGCCACCAGAACACUUUUUACCCCCAUGCUAUUCUGUUGCAUCCGAGGCUUAUAAAUAUGAUCCACGUCUGUAUACUCGUUUAACAGAUAAAUCUUUGGCAGAUAUGAUUGAAGCACUUAUAGGAUGUUUCUUACUACGUUCAGGACUAUCUGCUGCAUUUAAUUUACUUCAUUAUUUUCAAAUAUGUCCAGUGAGUUGGAGCACUGUGAAAAAUGAUAAGCAUUACAAAGUUGAAGCUCCAUGGCACUUUUUUUUACAACCAAAAUUAUAUUCAGAACUAAAUUAUGGAAAUGAUUUCAAUCCUUCAUCUAGAUCCAUACAUAUUUCGAAGGAAAUUAUACUGGAAUUAAAUCAGAGGUUUUUUCAGUUACAAGAAAAACUAGGAUAUUGUUUUAAAGAAAUUGAAUUACUUGCGGAAGCUAUGACUCAUCAGUCAUCAUCUAAUAGACAAUAUUGGGGGAAUUAUCAAAGGUUAGAAUUUCUUGGCGAUUCCAUUUUGGGCCAUAUUAUCAGCAACUAUCUGUUUCAAAAAUGUCCUCAUUCAUCCCCAGGUGCAUUGACUACUGCACGAUCUACUGUUGUCAGUAAUAUUAAUUUAGCUAAUGUUGUUGUUGAGCAUGAAAUCCACCCGUUCAUCGAUUUUGGGAAUUGCAGUCAGAAAGCAUGCAUUGAUGAUAUAAAAAGUAUCCAUCGUCAAACCGAUUCACAUUUUGAACGUAUUGAGUUAAUUACAAAGAAGGUUUCUUCGGGGCUCAAUAUCAAGGUAUUGGCUGAUGUGUUUGAAUCGAUUCUCGGUGCAAUUUUUGUAGACAGUAAUGGUAAUCAUCAAGUCGUGUCUUCUAUUAUUCAUCGAUUCUUGGGUAAAACGAUGAAUUCUCUCAUUACUAAUUUACCUGUUCAACCAUUGAAUUUACCAUAUCCUGAAAUACAAUAUAACACCUCAACUACCAUGUCACAAAAGUUACAUGAAGAUGUUCAUAAUUCGGUUUUAUCGAUUAAAGGUUCUUCUAGUGAAGAUGAAGCAGUCAUAAAAACUCAGAAAAGACGUCACAUUAAUAAUAUGCUGUAUCAACAGACUUCAAAGUUUAGUGGUAACAAGAACUGCUCAUCUGAUGAUGAUUCUGAUAAGUUUGAUAACAGCACUCCUAAUACCGUCACUUAUAAGGCUUCUCAUUCCAAGGAAUCUAGGAUAACAAAAGAGCAGAUUGCAACUGCUACUGUGGAGGUCGAUACCGAUGUGAAAUGUGAUGCACAAGCUAUCUUUGAAAAGGCUCAAAAAUUAAACCAGGAAUCCCAGAGUCGUAAUAUAUAUAAGGGACUCAACAAUUAUGCUCAGUACAUUGAGAAGAAAGACACUGUUAUGGGCAAUGCAUCUAGUGGCUUCAACCGUAAAGGUCCCAUGCGAGCGCCAGCCAAUUUAAGAGCUACUGUAAGAUGGGAUUAUCAACCGGAUAUUUGUAAAGACUACAAAGAAACAGGAUUUUGUAGUUUUGGGGAUAGCUGCAAGUUUCUGCAUGACAGAUCAGAUUAUAAACAUGGUUGGCAAAUAGAACAAGAAUUGGCCGAAGGAGUAUAUGGAAUUGAUGGUGAAGACAAUCGUUACGAAAUAUCGCACAACUUUUCUGAAGACGAAGGCUUUGAAGAUAUUUCCUUAUUUUGCAUGAUUUGUCGCAAAGACUAUAAAGACCCAGUUGUAACCAUAUGUAAACAUUACUUUUGUAGUGAUUGCGCUCUUCAGCGAUAUAAGAAAACUGCACGGUGCUACGCAUGCACUACAGAUACCAAAGGCUUUUUCAAAUUUGCCAAGAAUCUAUUGUCCCGUAUUACUGUACUGCGUGAAAAAAAGAAGAAGCAUUCUGAAUUAAGCGAAAGUGAUCAAGAAGAUCAACAUCAUUCCUGUUCGCAUUCUCCUGUUCAAUGUAAAGGAGAACAAACUGAUAAAGGUGACUGUCUUAACAAAAGUGUGGAGACUGGUUGGGUUUCAACCAAUAAAGUCCAACUUCCAAAAUCAUCAGAGCCGAAUUGGGCCAAACCCGAAGCACCAGAAUAUUGCGAUUCUGAUGAAGAAAGCGAUUAAUGCGUUACUGUUACACACAAAUGCACAAAUAUGUAUAUACAUCUGAAA